AUGUCGGACUCCGGAUCCGUAGGCGCGGUUUCCGGCGGAAGCAACGGCCUGUGUCGGGUUUGCGGCGACAAGGCCUCCGGAAAACAUUACGGAGUUCCGUCUUGCGACGGAUGUCGAGGAUUCUUCAAACGGAGCAUCAGGAGGUUGAUGCGUCGCAACCUGCAGUAUUCCUGUAAGGAAGGUGGUCAUUGCAUAGUCGACGUUUCGAGGAGAAAUCAGUGUCAGGCUUGCAGAUUUUCGAAAUGUCUGCAGGCGAACAUGCGGAAAGACGCUGUCCAGCACGAAAGGGCUCCUCGCUCCUGUCUACCAAACCAGCAGCACAAUUCUACACAAAAUUUGGGUAAUAUACCACCAAAUCAAACGUACCAUUUACAUGGUACAAACACGUUGGCUGCGACACAAGAAACGACGUCGAGGCGCAUGUUGGCGCCUUUGGUUGGCGUGCAACAUCAUCCGGGUUUUUAUUUGCCGUUGCCGUUUAAUACAAGCGGUCACUAUAUACCACAUCAUCCAAACUUUGCUCCAGUUAUAGAUGGAUCAAGAUAUUUUGGAGGUUUGUUCGACAGUCCAAGCCUGGCAGGUUUAAAUCCAUUUUUGUCGGGUUUUAAUAAUUUGUCAGGAAUUUAUAAACAGGACACAACGUACAAGGAUAUAAUACAUCCUAUACCAAUACAACCAACAAACACAAAUUCUAUACUAAAUUCAGAGAAGAAAAGUGACCAGAUAAAUUUUGGAGCUUCAUCCACAACAUCCCCAGUUUCGGCAAAAGACGACGAAGUGACUUCCACCGAAGGACUACCCUUAACCGGUUCAACAUCCUCCAACCCUAAUCAGGUUGCAACAUCGUUUGUACCAACACCAUCAGGUGGAGAAAACGUUUACGAAUCUGCUGCUAAAUUAUUAUUUUUGGCUGUUAAAUGGGCUAGGUCGAUACCUUCAUUCGCACAGUUAUCUCUGAGGGACCAGUCGUUGCUUUUAGAGGAAUCCUGGGCAGAACUGUUUGUUCUGACGGCUGCUCAAUGGAAUUUGCCUAUUGAAGAAGGUAAGUUCGAUAGAUAUCCAAUAUUUUCGACAUUUUUCAAUAUUUUAAACACGAAUUUCGACCGAUUAGUAGGAAUCAAUGUCCGCGGUGUGUCUGCUCCCGAGCAAGUGGCAUUGCUGCAGGAGCAAAGUCUGACAUUGCUUCAGGAACGAUGUGGAAGUUCCAGCAGACUUGGCAAGUUGCUGCUGAUUUUACCAGCGGUCAGAGGGGCUUCGAAUCCGGAUAAAUUACAAGGACUGAAAAUACACGUGAUGUUCUGUGGGAGAGUUUUGGGUUAA